UAUCUCGUCCGUACAAUGCACGCGCAUUAUCGUUUCGUCUCCGUCUGAUCACCCCCGGCCGCCACCGCCGCCACCGCUGUUCGUGUGUAUUAUUGUUUUGGUUUUUUUUUCUCAAACAUUUUUUUCACAUUAUUAUUAUAACUAUUAUUAUUAUUAUUAUCAUUAUUACUAUUAUUAUUAUUAUUAUUAUGUCGCCUCCCUCCACCCCGCGAGCCAGACACCGCGACUGAAGACGACGACGACGUUUUACGUUUUUCGCGAUUUACGAAAUCCUUUACUAUCAACGUUUUCGGACGCACAGAAUCCGGCCGCCGCCGCCGCCGCCGUCGCAUUAUUAUUAUUAUUAUUAUUAUUAUUAUUUUUAAUAUCGUCUUCUCCGCGGUUGAACAACACGUCCGUGCCGGCCAUUGUGGCUGUCGACUGUCGAGUACACACCACCGUUCGCCCUUUUUCAUUACAUUAUUAUUUCAUUUUUUUUUUUUCACUUCACUCCUCUCGUCGCGCCGAGUAUAUCCGUGCGUGCAUGUGUGCGACCGUAUAUACGUGAGUUUGUGUGCGUGUUCGUGCGCGCGCGUCGUCUUGCACACAUAUAUUAUAUAUGUAUAUACGCGAUAUAUAAUACAUAUAUGUAUAUAAAUAAUAACAGUUUAUAUACAUAGAGAGUGAUACGUGUAUGUGUGCGGCGGUGUAUAUGUAUUACAAUAAUAAUAAUAAUAUACGUAUCGUACGUUUAUACGCUUUAUAUGCGAUACUGUACACGUUCGAAACGUAAACGGAAAUAAUUGCCGGCCGAUGGCAGCGUAGGCAGAGCAGGCGGGUGUCAGCAGCAGCAUACUCCGGUCCUCGGCCGCUGUAGAAGGAAGAAUCCAAUCGCGUCCGUCACAAUUUUCCGUGAGUGGUGUAAAUGUAAAAAUACGAUCGCGCGAACGGGAGGUUCUUUUUUACACCUACGUCUCCACACACUCGACUGUACGGCGUAGGCAUUCGGGUUUCGUUUUUCGUCGUGUCUCAUGUACGAUGUCGCUCGAUCCGUCCGAGUCUUCACUCCGAUGGACUCGAUUUUAAAAUAGACGAUCGACUGUACAAUAAUAUCAUUUUGUUAUAACAGUAUUAUGUAUUUUUACCUGCACAAUUCAACAAUAUUACCGUGACGCGAGAUAUUGUGUAGAUUUUUACGCCACAGUCAUCGCUGUGAUGCAUUUGAUACUCUGAGUUCCAUCUAUCAGCAAUGAGCCACAACAUGGGUGGUAUGGCCCCUUACGUCACGUUACCGAGAGGCCGUAAUCAAAUGGCGUACUACAAUCAAUGUCAAGACAUGACGCCUCAUAUGCAGAGAGGCCACUGUUAUCCAGACGAUUUCAAUAAAAUGGGUGGACCCUGCUCGAUGUUGCCUAUGGGCAAUGAGUUUAAAUCGCCCAUGAUGACUCCAGAUCCACCACCACCACCCCCAGCUAAGAAGAAGCGGCGUACUUCCAAUGCUGCUACUGUGACGAAUCAUGCACCUCAACCACCACCUCCAUCACCUCAAGAUUUACUUCCACCACCUUUAACUGGUUAUGGAGAUACUAUAGUUGCUUCAAACCCUUUUGAUGACACCCCACCACCACAAGUUAUGAACACAAAUCAUAUGAACAGACAAAUGAUGAAUUCUAGACCCAUGAUGUCUGGUAGCCCUUGCCACCAAAUGGGUGGCUCACCUAUGAAUUGUGGUCCACCUAUGGGUAGCCCAAUGGGUGGACCUUGUGGUAGUAGCCCACAUAGAAAUCCUAUGGUAUGCGGACCCCCUAUGAUGAGUUGUGGUGCACCAGGGAAUAGUCCACAUGCCUUAUCUAUGAAUCGAAGUCCUUCUGCUAUGGGCAGUCCACAUAUGGUGCCAAAUAUGCGUGGCAACAGCCCUAUGGAAUGUGCUGCCAUGGUAAAACCGUCUCUGAAUUGUGCUUCGCCUAUGGGUAGUCCCAUACCUCAAAAUACCAAUAUGAACAUUCAUCCACCAAUGUCUAGUCCCAUGACAAUGGGUCCUUCACCACUUAACGGUCAUCCUAACUCAGGUCCUGGUGGCAGUCCCAUGAUGAUGGGUCGAGGUGGGCCUUCACCUUUAACAAAUAGUCCAAUGUCUAUGAAUAUGCCAGUAAGUUCAGCAGACAUGAAUGAUAUGGGUCCACACAUGUCAGUAGACAAUAAUGGGUGUCCAGUACGUGGGCCUCCGUGUCCAGGAUCCAACAACAUGACAUCUGUUUCCAUGGCUUGUAGGCAACCAAUGUCAAAUCAGCAGUGCAAUAGUAUGCCAGGACCCAGUAAUAUGAUGAACUGUCCAAGAGGUAUGCCCUGUCCCCAAAUGAUGCGAGGUCCACCACAACCUUCUGAACAACAUAGACUUAUGCCCCCUAUGAUGCAUCAUUCUCAAAUACCUAAUAGUCAACAACCAGGUGGAUAUGGGCCUGGACCUAAUUCUAAGCCAAUGCCAGUAUCGGCUGGAAAGAUAUACCCUCAUGAUCAACCAAUGGUAUUUAAUCCACAGAAUCCAAAUGCCCCACCAAUUUAUCCUUGUGGUAACUGUCAUAAAGAAGUUCAUGACAAUGAUCAAGCUGUCUUAUGUGAAUCUGGUUGUAAUUUUUGGUUUCAUAGGGUUUGUACAGGCUUAAUGGAGCCUGCGUUCCAGUUACUUACUGCUGAAGUAUACGCUGAGUGGGUGUGUGACAAAUGUCUACAAACAAAAAAUAUACCUUUGGUAAAAUACAAACCCUAACGAAUACAUUUUACAUCUCUCAACCCUAAAUUACUUUAGCUAUCAUGCACUGAACGUUACAAUAUUAACAGUACUUCAAACCUUCAGUGGAUUAAGUACUUAAUCUCAGUUACGAGCAUUAACGUAAUUUCAAAUACUUAUUAUUCAUGUAUGGAUUAUAAUUUAUAUGAAAUCAAAAAUAAUUAUUUUUGAGUUAUUAUCAGUCUUAUAAUUUUUGUUUUAUAUUUAUGUAUGUGUGCAUAUAUAUAUAUAUUAUAUAUAUAUUACAUAUAUUUUUUUAUUGAGUUACGACUGAGGUUCAAAAUGAUAAUGUGUAGCGUAUAAAAAUUCCUCCUUUGUACUCAUCAGUAUUUCAACUACUUGCAUACAUUGAGCGUUUUGCCAUUUGAUUUUUAUUUGGCAUUUAAAAAAUCUAAAGUUCCUUCAAAUAUACAACAAAUUGGGCCUUUUCCUUUUCAAUCUACUAAUGCAUUGUCUUAUUGCCACUUUUAUCUUCUUUAUAAUUUUACUUUUAUUACUUUUUUCACAAAUGAAUUGUUUUUAUAUAAUGCAGAAUGCUCUUAACAAUGUCAUGAUUUAUUAUAUAUUUGUGUAUAUCUAUUAUCAUUGAUUAUAAAUACUUGUGUUUGUAAUCAAUGAUGUAAUGAAAAAAUUUUUUUUUUAGAAAAUAAUUUAACACAAUCAAUAUGUUUGUACAUAGUUAGUUCAAUUAAAAAAUAUAUUAAAACCGAGAAACUUAUGAACUUGAGAUUGUAAGUUCUAAGUGUUACAUGUAACUAAAUAAAGUAAAAUAAAAAAUUUGUAAUCA